AUGGUCCUACUCACCAUCAUUGCCAACUGCGUUGUCCUAGCUCUGGAGGAACACUUGCCUGAAAAUGACAAAACACCACUGAGUCUCGAACUAGAAAAGACGGAAAUCUACUUUUUGAUGAUCUUUUGCAUCGAGGCCACCUUUAAGAUAGUAGCCCUUGGAUUCGUAAUGCACCGGGGUGCCUACCUGAGAAAUGCUUGGAAUAUCAUGGAUUUUGUCGUCGUCAUUACCGGGUCAGUUUCGCUAUAA